UUAGUCCAUCCUCAAAAUGGAAACACCUGUAUUAAACAAACCUACAGCAUUAUGCUCCACUCCAGAGAACUAUGAGACAUCUACUCAGAGCAACAGCAGCAGCAGCUCCUCCUCAGGGAAACAGGUAAUGAGUGCAACUCUUCGAGAACGUUUAAAGAAAGCUAGACGGUCAUUUAAUUCAACUUUUACUGUAGCAAAGCGUCUUAAAAUAGAUGAAGAAAAAAACUCUAGUACGUAUGAAGACAGGACUUUGCUGAAAGAACUAUGUUCUACAUCACAAGAUGAAGGUAAACACUUGGGAAAAGUCACUGAUGGAACCGUGUGUUUGAAAAGUGCUGUACAAGUGAGAGGAACCUCUAUAUCUGAAUAUACUGGAUGUAAUAAAACUACACAGAACUCUCCAGAAGUUCUUUUGUUAGGAACAGAUUGCAAGCAAUGCGAACAAUUGGAAGAAAAAAUGAUAUUAGUAAAGCAGAUUCAAGAAAAGGAGGAACUUCUCCGGAGACUUAAGCUGGUCAAGAUGUACAGAUCAAAGAAUAACCCAACAGAGUUGCAGUCUCUGAUAUCAAAAUGGCGAAAAAGUUCCCAAGCAAUGCUGUAUGAGCUACAAUCAGCUUUAUCUACAGAUAACAAGAAAUUAAGUCUUACUCAAUUGAUAGAUAAUUUUGGACUAGAUGACCAGCUUUUACAUUACAACAGAACAGAAGAAGACUUUAGAGAUGCAUGAUACAAGUGUUUUAAAAAUGCAUCUGGCUUGUGAACUGCAUCACCAGACUGUUUUGAGAAUCACAUGGUUCUCAUAUAGAAAAAAUAUUUUAGGGAGGUCUAAUGGUUUUGCUGACCUGUGUGGCAAACCUGUAGAAGAUGGCUAUAUUGUAAUGUAUUAUAUAUUUUCUGGCAAUUAGGUUUGUAUAGUUCAUUACAGACUGUGAUAAAUGAAUGUGUUUUUGUUUUUAAUCAGCACAUGUACAAUCUUUAAUUCAACAAGGGAAUAAAUUAUUCCGUAACAUCUUAUUGACUCAGUAAAUGUUAAGUAUACAGGUAUAAGAUUGCCAUAGUUUCCAAAUGGAUUUUCUCUUCCUUAUAACAGACUUGUUAAAACAGACACAUCUGGGCAUUACAUGCAGAUUCAACAUAUAUCCAGGUUUUUAUUAUUUAAUGUAACUUAUUCUUCUUCUGCCCCAAAUUUUAAACACAUGGGAAAUUGCCAUAAAGAAAUAUUAAAAAUAUAGGCCAACAGAGAUCAUUCUUAAGAUGUUUACCGACGAAUCCUUGUUACGAAAUGCCAUUGAACUCAAGUAUGUUUAGGAUUGAGCCUACACUAUGCUACCCAAUAAAAAGGUGCCAGAAAGAAUGAGCAUUGGGAGAUGAAACAAGGCAUAUUUUAUAACCCCAGCUCUGGUUUUCAGCCCAAUGUCUAUUUGAGUCCUGGCCACUUCUCCCUCCUUAACUUGCACAUAUGGCCUCCUCUCCCUAUAUUCCCUAUUUCUUCUCAGCAGUCAUCCUGUCCCAGAAAGCUAUUUCUGUUAUUGAGGUCUGUCAGAUAUUUUAAUUCCAGCUGGCAC